AUGGAGCAAACGAAAGCUCUCAACGCUCUGGAGCCCUUCCUGGCCCUCAGCAAAUCGGCAACAUCCCCUCGCGCCGCCGCCGACCUCAUCACCCGCGCAACAUCCAACCCAAACACCUUCCUCUUCACAGAACUCCUCUCAACACCUCAGAUCCAGGCCCUCGCCUCAAACCCAGAGUUCCUCCCCCACCUGACCCAGCUCGAGCUCUUCUCCCACGGCACGUACGCCGCCUACCAAACCACCCCGAACCUGCCGCCCCUCAACGAUGCCCAAACCCUCAAGCUGCGCCAGCUCACCCUCCUUACCCUCGCCCGCGAGCGCUCCAACCUCUCCUACGCCAACCUCCAAACCGCCCUCGACUUGCCCACCCCGCGCGCCCUCGAAGACCUCGUCAUCUCCGCAAUCUACGCCGGCCUGAUCGACGCCACCCUCGACCCCCACCGCCAGGUCGUCCAGGUGAACUCCCUCGCCGCCCUCCGCGACCUCGCACCCGGCGCCGUCCCGCCCAUGAUCCGCGCCCUGCACGCCUGGUCCGCCCGCUGCGAGUCCACCCUCGGCGACCUCGAGUCCCAGAUCGCGAGCAUCCGCAAGACGGCCAGCGACCGCGUCCGCGACAAAGCCGAGCAGGACCGCAAGCUGGCCCGCCUGGUGGACGAGGCCGGCAAGGAGCCCGCAGACCCCAAUGCGCGCAAGUUCCCCGUUGGACACGCCGUUGUUGGCGGCGAGCGGGCGUUUCUGGGACACUCUUCGCGGUCGAGUCGGUACAACAAGCGGGGCAGCACGAGCAUGAUGGACAACACGGAGGAGGUUGACGACGAGGCCAUGGACGUGGACGAGGAUGACGAGGAGCAGGAGAAGAAGCGCGCCAGUAGACGAAAGACUGCCUCGGGUCGCGCGUAG